AUGAACGCGUCGGCCCCAGCGACGCAACCUUUGAAGAGGGCGAAAAAGGCCUACCAGAACAAGAUGGAUGAGCUCCUUAACCUCCGUAAAGAGGCCAGGAUCAAUGAAGCGAUGGCGACGACCAAGAACGUCGAUGCCCAGAGCAUGGAGUACGGCCAGCAAAUCAAGAAACUCGAGACUGCCACUGAGGGUAUGGGAAAGAUAGUCACGAGGAUCAAGGAAUCCGGCUCGUUCCCCCUUGAAGAAAUCGCGUUCCGGCCUCCCCACCUCCCCGCUUCUCACGGUGCCUCCUAUUACAUGCCCAUGUCCAUCAUCGUCGGGCCUGUGUAG